AAGCAGGAAGUUAAUCACAGCAACUCGUCUCUGUCAGUUCAUAACGGGGUAUAAUAGCAAGUACUCAGCUUUUUCUUUUUUCAAAUUUCGUUCCACCAGUUAAGCGGCCUAUUGACAAAAACAAUGACCUAAAGUGGAACACAAUCUUCACUCUGUGCCGAAGAAUCUUCUCUCUGAAAACAGCACCGCCUCUCCAUGCAUUGGGUCUUUUGCAGGGUUGCCUUACCCUUCUACUGUCUGUGCUUGCUGGAUGACAUAUAACAAGGAGGGCGCCUUUAUAGGAUAAAGAGUGUUUGUGUUGGCGGUUGUUUUGUUGGAUAAUCACAUUAACAGGUGGAUAGUCUAUGCUGUGCGUUCACAUUAAUAGGCGAUAAUCUGGGUUAAUUUUUCAGUGAGCUUUUUACUUUUUUUGUGGAAUUCAACACUUAUAGGACACAUCUAGGACUUCAUUCCAGCUGAGACCACUAAGCUACUUCCUAAAGAUGGCAUCAGUGUCAAUGCAGAGACCUGUAUGCUUGGUGGACAAUGGGCCUGAUGGGAACAUGAUUGUCCAGCAGGAUGCCCUGCAGAAGCUACAGCACAUCCAGCAGCCGGUGGUGGUGGUGGCUGUGGUGGGGCUCUACCGCACGGGGAAGUCCUACCUCCUGAACAGACUAGCUGGGAAACAGACAGGCUUUGCCCUGGGCAGCACCAUUGAGGCCAGAACCAAAGGAAUAUGGAUGUGGUGUGUGCCUCACCCAGAGAAACCAGGACACACUCUUGUGCUGCUGGAUACCGAGGGGCUAGGGGACGUGGAAAAGGGAGACUCCAAACACGACACCCAGAUCUUCUCUCUGGCUGUUCUGUUGAGCAGUACUCUGGUCUACAACAGCAGAGGAACCAUCGACAACAGAGCAGUGGAGGAGCUGCAAUAUGUAACUGAGCUGGCAGAGUUUAUCAAAGUGAAGUCAACAGAUGAAGAGGGAGAAGACUCUGAGUUUGUGAAGUUUUUCCCCACAUUCAUCUGGGCUGUGAGGGACUUCACUCUGGAGAGGAAGAUCGAUGGGAAAGACGCAACAGAGGACGAAUACUUGGACUUCGCUUUGCAGCUGAAACUUGGUACUGGCAGAAAAGUGGCCGAAUACAACCUUCCUCGGGAGUGCAUCCAGAGGUACUUCCCAUCCCGGAAGUGUUUCACCUUCCCGUUCCCAACUAACCCGGACAAUGUGAAGAAUCUGGAGAAUUUGGCCCUGUCUGAUCUGGCCUCGGAAUUCCUGGAUGUGUCGGCACGAUUCUGCUCCUACGUCUAUGAGCACAGUCCAGUGAAGCAACUGAAGGAUGGAUUCUUAGUGGAUGGCAGAGUCUUUGGCCAUAUGGUGAAACUGUAUGUGGACACCAUAGCAAAUGGUGGAAUCCCGUGCUUGGAGAAUGCAGUGGUUGCCAUGGCGCAGAUUGAGAAUGAGGCUGCUGUGAAGGACGGGCUGUUGUUGUACAAGGAGGAGAUGUCGAAGCUGAAGAGUAGCUUCCCCAUGUCUCUGAAAGACUUCACCUCUGCACACCAAAGCCUUAACAAGCACGCCAUAGAGGCUUUUGUGAAGCGCUCUUUCAAAGACGAUGAGGGGAAGCACAUGAAAUCACUGGAGGACUCUGUAAAUGAGCUGUUCAACAACUUCCUGAAGGAGAAUGAGGAGGCGUCUGUGAUCCUCUGUAAGAAUAUCCUCUCAGAUCUGUCUGGCCCACUGACAGCCAAACUGCAGCAAGGGCUCUACACGACAGCCGGAGGCUAUCAGCUCUUCAGUAAAGACACGGAAGACAUUGUGAACAGCUACAACAAAAAAACCAAAGGAGCACUGAAGGCUGAGGAGGUGCUGAAGGAGUUUCUGAAGCAGAAGAAGCAGGAGGCUGAUGCCAUCUUGCAGGCUGACAAGAAUCUGAGCCAGAAGGAGAAAGAGAUAUGCGAGGAGCGCCAGCGUGCUGCGGUGAUGCAACAGGAGGUCCGGGCGGCUCAAGAGCAACAGCGCGUUCUGGAGGAGAAGAUGGAGGCCGAGCGUGUCAAUGGAGAGGAGCGAAUGCGGCAGCUCAGAGUCAAGAUGGAGAAGGACAUCGAGCUCCAGAAAAAACAGAAUGAACGCGCCAUGGAUUGCAAACUACGUGAACAGGAGAAGCUUCUGGAGAAGAACUUCAAGGACAAAGCCGAUCGCUUGAACGAGGAAAUGGAGGAGGUGAGGAAGAGGGCUGCGGAGGCGGAGAACGCACGCAGUCAGGAGUUCAGGGAGAGGAUGGAGGCCAUGGAGCGCCGCCAUGACGACGCCAUGGAGAUGAUGAAGAAGCAGCAGGAGCAGCUGGAGGAGCAGCAGAGGAUCAUGAACGAGCGGCUGCCACCCAAGAAGGAAGAUGAUAGCAGCUGUGUAAUUUUGUAAUACUGCAUCCUUCAUCACCAUCAUGUCAUUCUGUAAUGCAUCACCAUCACAUUUUUAUUUAUUUAUUUUUUUCACUUUUUUGGGGGUCUUUUUCGACUUUAUUCGACUGGACAGUGUGAGAGGUGGACAGGAAACAAAUGGGGAGAGAGACGGGGAAGGAUCGGCGAAGUACCCGGGCUGGGAAUCAAACCCGGGUCAGCCGCAUGGUAGACGAGUGCACUUUCUUAAAUCAAGAUUGUGUAUAGAAUACAUGGUGUCUUGUUAAGGACUUAGGAAGAAUGAGACAUGGACUUGGACUUGAUUUGGCUUGGGUAUGACUUGGACUAUAGGGUCAGAGGUGUCUUAAAGAUGGCCUCUCAACGUCAUUUGAUUAAUAUUGCUGUGUUCCCCAUUGUUAUUGAAUGUGUUACGCGUUGGUCCUGUUUUAAAAAACGUUCUGGUUGCUUUGUUUCAAGCCGUUUUUGCAAGCCAGCAAGGUGGCUUGUGGAGAAACGAGAGGGUGUUCCGUGUUUCUCGUGGAAAUGCGUCUCUGAUUGGCUCACUCUUCCAGCUCUCGUGGAAAUGCGUCUCUGAUUGGCUCAGUCCUCCUGUUCUUGGAGAGAAUGUAAUGGGAAACAGAGUCGCCACUUCCCCGGGUGGUACUGCACUAUAGGGGCGCCAACGGAGGCGUGCAUGCUCCAUUCAGGGCUGUGCUCUUUCGACAGCGACCCCUAGGCGAGCUGCAGGCACGGAGCAACCAGAGUGGGCUUGCUCUAUGGAUGAGGCUUUGUGCUGUGUGUGUACCUGAGAGUAGCAACCAGCUGAUAGCUAAGCUAAGCUAGAUUUCGGGCCACCAGACGUUGCUUGUAUUGAAAACAAGCAGAAAAAAUUACUCGACAUGUUUUUAGAAAAAUGGGUCGACAUAAACCUUUGUGGCCAACGCCUUCUUUCGACGUGACGAAACACAGAAAGGCUUUCGUGAUUCGCUCGUUUCUCUGCAUUAUUUAUGUCAAUUGGGAAACACCGGGAAACACAGCCAGGCGAGGUGACGCACCGCUAUGAGAGCCUUGCAAGUGAGUUUAACUUUGGGUGACCGUCCGAUAUUCAAAAGGAGUGAGUAAAACUGUGUUUUAUCGGAUGUUGGCCUUUAACUUGUGACUUGACUCAGACUUGAUUAGAAGGACUUGAGACUUACGUACUUGUGACUUGCAAAUUAUUGACUUGGUCCUCUCUCUGCUAAUACUCAAUUUUAUGUGCAAUUUAAUCACCACUAAAUACACUAUUUUUUAUAUGACCACCUUGAUACAUGCACUUAACACACCCAAUUGUCCACCAAUCGUCUUCCUCCACCUGUCACGAUUGUUACAGAGCUGAAAGUACUGAUGUGCCACACCUGGAGAACAUGGACCGGUUGUCUGAUUAAGCGUAGUGCAGUACCAGGGACGCAGUGCCUUCAUAUACAGGGGGUUGUGUAGCGGAUAAUGAAUACGUCUUUAUAUUUAUAUGGUCUAUAUGUACAGUACGUCUAUGCUGGUGUUUCUCAACAGGGGCUCUACAGCCCUCCAUCAGCACUCAGUUGCAAAUGGGAGUCAAUGGUCUAUUUCAAUGUUUUAAUAGGCCUACUACGGGGGCAUUGGCAGCCUUAUGUUUAUGUCAAGUGUGUGUUAGCAGAUUCAUGAUGAGGUCAAGAGGAUGUUUGUUGAAAAAAGCUUGAGAACCUUUGGUCUAUUCUGUAUAUUUAUAGUGUAUAUGUGUAGGGGGAUAGUGCCCUGUCUUAACAGCCUGGGCUAUUAGCAGCUGAGGCUCGGCCCACAAUGCUUUGGGGCAUGGCAAGUAAGACAGUGCAUUGAGUGAGUAGCUGCAUUACUCCCUAUGGAGAGAAAAUAGGCAAUUUACUGUACAAGUUUUGAUGUUUGAACUUUAGUGUGCAUGAAUAAAAAUUUACACAAAAAUGUUUCGCUAGUGUGGUCAAUCCUGUGUACAAUAAUAUAU